GCCCAGUAGGAACCGGACAGCAGAGCGGAGGGGUGGCUUGUGCGCUGUGACCCCCGCGGGAAGAUGAACGGAACGCGGAACUGGUGUACCCUGGUGGACGUGCACCCCGAAGGCCAGACCGUGGGCAGCGUGGACAUUCUCAGGCUGACUCUCCAGAGUGAACUGACAGGAGAUGAACUUGAGCACAUAGCCCAGAAGGCGGGCACGAAGACUUACGCCAUGGUGUCUGGCCACUCAGCUGGUCAUUCCCUGUCUUCGGAAAUGGUGGAAUCCAACGAUGGACAUGAGGAGAUCAUUAAGGUUUACUUGAAGGGAAGGUCUGGAGACAAGAUGAUCCAUGAGAAGAAUAUUAACCAGCUAAAGAGUGAGGUCCAGUAUAUUCAGGAGGCCAGGAACUGUCUGCAGAAGCUCCGGGAGGAUAUAAGUAGCAAGCUUGACAGGGGUCCAGGAGACUCUCUCAAUCGACAGGAGAUACAGGUGGUGCUAGAAAAGCCAAAUGGCUUUGGUCAGAGUCCCACCACUCUAUACAAUAGCUCACCUGAGGUGAAAACUUAUGAAAUGGAAGAUGUGGAGAGUUUGAGGAAGACUGUGCAGGACUUGCUUGCCAAGCUGCAGGAGGCUGAGCGACAACACCAGUCAGACCGUGUGGCUUUUGAGGUCACACUCAGCCGGUACCAGCGAGAGGCAGAGCAGAGUCAUGUGGCCCUUCAGAGAGAGGAGGAUAGAGUGGAACAGAAAGAGGCAGAAGUUGGAGAACUGCAGAGACGCUUGCUAGGGAUGGAGAUGGAGCAUCAGUUCUUGCUGGCGAAAGUCAGGGAAGGAGAGAUAGCCCUAGAGGAACUUCGGAGCAAGAACGCUGACUGCCAAGCAGAACAAGAAAAGGCUGCUACCCUGGAAAAAGAAGUGGCUGGCUUGCGGGAGAAGAUUCAUCACUUGGAUGACAUGCUCAAGAGCCAACAGCGCAAAGUCCGGCAAAUGAUAGAGCAGCUCCAGAAUUCAAAAGCUGUGAUCCAAUCAAAGGAUGCCAUCAUCCAGGAACUCAAGGAAAAGGUUGCCUACCUGGAGGCAGAGAAUUUAGAGAUGCACGAUCGCAUGGAACACCUCAUAGAGAAACAGAUCAGUCAUAGCAACUUUAGCACCCAGACCCGUGCCAAAACAGAGAACCUGGGCAGUGUUAGGAUAUCGAAGCCGCCCAGCUCUAAGCCCAUGCCUCUUAUCCGAGUGGUGGAAACCUGAGCUGGGAGGAGAUGGACGUGACCAUUGAAGCUGCCUCUCGCCUGGGAGAAGUCCACCACCCCUGCAGGCUUUUAACACGGACUCUGAGUUCCUGAUUAUUUCCUGGCUGCACCCAGGCCUUGAGGCUCACAUGUGCCACCAGUCCUAAGUUCCUUCCUGUCCUGAUUGCUGGGCAGAUGGCUUGUGAGUGCCUCCUCUGGUCACCACAGCCCUUUGAACGAUGUUAUCCUGACAGAAGGGACCACGCAGUGUCCUAUUCCCUAUUUUAUUUCCCCUGUAGCAGAGCCUCCCCUCUGUUGGACUUUGGAGUCCAGCUGUCCUAGAAGCCAGUUCUUCCUUGGGUUCAGCCAAGAUGACAAGAUUGGUCUGAGCCCAAAAAGCUGGAAGCACAAAAGUCCAGAGUGAUUGGAGUGUAUCCUAGAGGGAUGAAGUUCCUUCUGUGAACACAGCUUAGUUCUUAGCAACAAACUGUUUAUCUGCUUGCUCCACCCUCAGCCCAUGCUGACGUAGGCCUCCUACUGACAGAGGAGGGCAACCUGUCCAGGCCCAGUCAGUCAGGGAGCCUAAACUUAGAAUGGACAACCUUGUCUUUCUGCAGACAAGGAAAUGUACAAUCAGGGAGGAGUUUUGAGCAGGAAGAUUUUCUAGGCCAUGGACAGAUAAGUGUGAUUUCUCUCUGCUGUGAAACCUCCAAAAUCUCUUAGGGUUUUCCCCUAUUAUAGUACACACCAAAAGACACAUCUUAGUCUUCCUGAUGCAGAGCCUAAAAACUCUUUUCACAGAGUUGCAUCUCUCCCAGAAAAGCCAUCAUCCUAUUUAUUUUGCUAAGUUAUUGGUGGUUUUGCUUACAUCUCAUAAUUGAUUUAAUACCAAAGUUUUAUAGCCUUCUCUUGAGAGAUUUGGGCUUAUAUGAAACUGAGAACGUGUUCUCAUUGGUGGUGUUAUUUCAGAAUACUGUGGUGAUGAAUCUUCCUCUGCCUUUCCUUCCCCUACCUGUUCUUCCUCCUCCAGAGAGGAUCUGUGCCUCAGGAAGGCAAGCAUCUUCCCCUGUGGCAUUGGGGACUGAAUGCAUGCAGAGGGAACAGUGAUCAAGACUCUUCUGGAUGGAGGGGUGCUUUCCCUAAGCUCUCUGAACCCCUGUACUCCAUGGUUGGUCUUUAUCCUAACUCUGAAUGACCUUGCAGUUUGUCAUCUUUUCUUCAGGACUUUUCUGCAGCCUUAAGAAGAAGACAAGCAUCAGAGUGUGAUACUAUAGGAAACAGAAAAUUUUAAAAUAAGUAGGGAUUUAGUCUUUGACUCUACUUGGGCUUAUGUCAAGAAUUAAAGCCUUAAGAGAGAGAGAGAGAGAGAGAGAGUGUGUGUGUGUGUGUGUGUGUGUGUGUGUAGACUGGAUUCCCAUGCUGGCCUUAUCUAUAUUAGCGUUUUGGGACAUCAAACAGAUGUCUCAUUUUAAAAUGAGGGGGUGGGACCAAUGAUCUCCCUGUCCCAGUUCUUAAGGUUUGUUUUCUGUAAUGUAGUCUUUGUGUGGUGAAUUUAAUAAAUUAU